GACUGCAGUGUGUGAUCAGGUAUUGCCCCUAUGACGUGCCAGGUUUUUGUCUUUCUUUAUAUGGACAAUUGCUAGACCUUUGUUUGGAAACAGCCCAAUUAUAGGUCAUCAAAGCAAUGAAGGGAUUGUGAGGACCAGAGGGUGAUCUUCCUCUGGUCUUUGUCCUGUCCCUCACUUAAGGGAAGACAUCUAAUUUUGAACUCCAUUUCCAUCUAUCUAAACUGAGAAAUGCUGCAAGGAAAUAUUAUCCUAGCAGUGAGAGUCUAUGGCUAGCUCAGUCUGAAAGUAGCCCUUGGAGGAUAUUUCUGGAAUAACCCAAAUGGCAGUGCCUCCCAUCAUCAAUGCAAUGGACUUAGCAGGAACUACACACAUACAAAAGCUUUUCUCAUCAGAAAAAAACUAUAGUACAUCCAUUUGGGAUGUAACCUGGGCAAAUCUCUUCCCUAUUUCUAAUGAGCCUAGCCAUCCUGUUCCUUGUAGACAGGUCUUCAUAAAGAUAGAAGGUUGUCCAACCAGCAAAUAUAAGGAGAAGAUUGCCUCCAUAACAAAUGCUUCUGCCCUGGCCAAAUUCUGGGAAAGGGAAACUGGUUCUGGCAGAAACAGGCCACUGAGAAUUCAAACUAGCCAUAGAGUAGUCAGCCUCAUUUCCCAAUUCAACCCCCAAAUUAUAAAAUCAAUAUAAAAAGGUCAAACAGAAUCUAUUCUUGUGCAAAAUUAUAGAAAACUUGUAAAGGAAUUGUUUGGGACACAUUCCUUCCCCAUCCUUUUCUUUUACAGACCGCUCUUCUAAUCUUUUGAUAGACAAUUGGACUCAUAUUUAAAAACAGAUGUGUCAGUCUUCCUGUAAAUGUGUACACCAGUGUGUAUUUGCAGUCUAUGUAAUGUCUUAACAGUGCUUUCUCAAUAUAGGUCAGGCAUUGCAUACAUAGAUAGAUGCCUUUAUGGAAACAGCUGUCUAUUCUCUCCUAAAACUCAAGUCAGAGCAGUAUCCACUAACUGGAGGGGAGGACCCAUGCUAUGGCAGCCUCGAAUGGCCAAUAGUGGGGUAAAUGCUAGCCUUGACCUUCCCCUUUCCCCCUUCACAAGUCUCCCAUUUAAUUAUGAGAAACAGGCUAUUAGAGCUACUUAAAUAUCCAGAUAGAUAGCAGCAAAGGGGGGGGGGAAUCUGUUGAGUUUUUGUGUCCAGAUAUGGCAAUGCUAAUAAAAAGGCCAAGAAUUCCCAAUAUGUAUAUGAGAUAUAGGGGAGACAAUAGAAGAAGCUAGGUAUGUGCAGGUAUGUAUAGAGGAAAAAUAUAAAUAAAAUGUGUCAGGGCAGAGAAAAUAAAUAAAGUUGUAUAUUCAGAGGAAAGGAUGCUUUAGACUGCAUGUAAAGGAAGAUGUGCUUGUAAUGUUUUGUCUGGGAAUACAAGGGCAAUUUUUGCUGGAAAUGAUACUGAUUAGCUAAUAACAUUGGAAGAAUGGAAUAUAUGAAAUAUAAAACUACUAAUGGGUUCAAAAAAUGGGAAAGGAGGACGCCAAGACUGCAUAUCGUCACCAAGCUAUUUAAAUUAUAUAUAGAAUAUUGCACCAGACAAUUUAGGUAGCUAGAAGUGAGAAAGAAUUAAGAAAUUUCUUUCUGAAGAAAAGGCAGAUGUGCAAAAGCCAAUGUGUUGCUCAUAAUCAAACUUCCUAAAACUGUAUUGCUUCCUAGUGCCACCAUAAUGCAAAUAGGGCAAAUAGUAGAACUGAUAAUAGACUCUAUUUUUCUGGCUCAAAAGUCCACAAAGACAUCACACUGCCAUCAAGGCCAUGGUCUUCCCUGUUACAACAUAUGGCUGUGAGAGCUGAAUCAUCAGAAAAACUGAGCAAAUAAAAUCAAUGUCUUUACACUGGAGGUAAUUGUUGACAAUAUCUUGGACAGCAAGAACAACAAACAGUUUGAUACAAGAUGAUUAAAAACAGAUUCUUAUUGGAAUAAUGAAGUUAGAUAUUUUGGACACAUAUUGCAUAAUCCUUUUUGACAAGCAUGCUUUACUUGGGUACCUUGACUAAGUGACAUUGUAGGAAGAGAGCCAUCUUAGCCUAAGAUAGUCAAAUAUCAGCAAGACACUGGUAGCACCUUUGAAAAUUAACAGUGGAAGUGAGCUGUAAUUCAACAAAAUUUAUGCUUUAUAAUAAAAUGUGAUACUUAAAAGGUGCUAUAGACAAUUUCUGAUUCUAGGUAGUUUGUAGUUUGAUUUGCUGACUUAAAGAGUCUCUUGAAUUGUGGGACUAUGUGAAGGCAUAGGCUUCCCUUUUCCAAUGAGAUUGCAACAACUUGAGAUAAUUUUUCUGUAGAUUUCAGAAAAAGAAUUAGUAUUAUAAAAUGGGGGAAAUUACUGCUUAGUGUAUCAAACCAUAAACAAACUGUAAGGACUGAAGUAAUAUGCAGGAUCCAAAAUCAGCCAAACCAAGUGAAGGUUUAGAAAAGUAUUGGACCACAAACAAAGAGGCAGCCAAUGCCAGAUCCUUUAUUAGCAUUCCCACUGCCAUGUUCUGUCUUAAUUGACUAUGCUGAAUCUUCUUUAUUAAACACACGCUACACAUUUAACCAGAAAGCAACUAGAUCUUGUGUAAAGGAAACAAGACUCUUGCCUUGUUGAACUGCUGCCAGUCUCUCCCUGAACUUACCUCAAAUCCCCAUAUUUCCACAUCAUUUGAUUUUCUCCGAGAAAGUUUAAGAGAUCUUAUCUACCUUAAGGCAAUAAUUAAACAAUCUCCCAUUAACAAGGGAGAAUACCAGAAUGAAUGGCUUAAACCUGCUAUGUUCAGACCUGACAACAUGUGACAUAUAGCGCACAUCAGGAUAUUCUGUUAAACAUAGGGUUUUUUUGGGGUGAUGGUGAGCACAGUAUGUUAUGUCAGCAAAGCAGUUACAUUUUGCUAACCAAAAUUUAAGAUCAUGAUGUGUGAACACAGCCAAAGAGGAGAAGAGAUUUGAAAUUAAUAGAAUAGAAUAGAAUAGAAUAGAAUAGAAUAGAAUAGAAUAGAAUAGAAUAGAAUAGAAGCUGGAAGGGACCUUGGAGGUCUUCUAGUCCAGCCCCCUACUCAACCAGGAGACCCUAUAUACUAUUUCAGACAAGUGCGCGAUCUGAUCUGUUGGAUAGCAUUUUUUUCAUUUAUAUUCUCCACCCUCCCCCAGGUCCCAGCAAUGCCAAUCCAAAAAUCCCCUCCGAGAAUGUGCACGGGAUUGCUUAGCCUGGAAUGCAAAACGAAGAGAAGCUUCUGCCUUUCCGGUGAAAGGGAGAGCGACGUUUUUCCAGGAUUGCGCAAGACUUCGCUCCAGCACAGCACAGAACUGGCGACGAUCGGCAGACUGUUUCUUCAAAUUCUCGGCUCCGCCCCCUUUGCUGAAUAUGGCGGAGUUUUCGAAGUGAGCUCAUUCUUGGAAUUCCCAGCCGUAGCUCUUCUCUCCUCCCUCUUAGAAACCACCAUAUAAGCGAAGGGGACCAUGGAGACCGUCACAAGCUUUCCAGGUUCUCUCAGCAGCCAACCCACCUCUUCCUAUCCUCGCCACCAUGCGCGCUUCCGCUCAGACGGCCGGCUCUCUCGCGCUGCUGCUGCUGAUGAUGAUGAUGCUCAGUUCUUCGAUUCUAGCAUCUGAUCCCCCAACCUCCUGCUGCUUCAGCUACACAAAAAAGAGGAUUCCACGUACUCACGUGAUCGAUUUCUAUCAAACAAAUGGCAGAUGCUCUCAGCCAGCUGUUGUGUUCAUCACACGGAAAAAACUGCAGAUUUGUGCCAAUCCCUUAGAGAAAUGGGUCCAAGAUCAUAUGAAUUACUUGAAAGUGAACAGAACAGUGCAUGCAGCUGUGGCAAAUUAGCAGAGAUGAAACCCCAAGGGCACAACAGGACUGCAUACAUUCUUACUUAAUUAAGCAAUUCUCUAGGUGCAACUGCACUUUAAUCUCAGGAAUUUAUUUUAAAGUAUUUAAAGUAUUUUAUUUGGGAAAUGAAUGUUCACUCCUACUAAUUAUUUUAUUUAUGAAACAAGUACAAGAUAAAUAACUUUUUAUAUGUUUGUAUGUUUGUGUGUUAUAAUGUGCAUCAAAGCAAAAAAAUUGUGUUAAUAAAUAUUUUUCUACCAAUAUUAUCUC